UGUGUCUGUCACUCGAGACCUCACGGCAUGGCAUACAUACAUUCUACAAAUGAGAACGUAAGCACGAUGUGCUCUGAACAGUAGAAGCACAAGGACAGUGGCUCAUGCCUCCAGUCCCAGUACCUGGCCAGCCUUGGCUCUACAGAAGUUUGAGACCUGCCUAGGCUACUUGAGAUCCUGCCUCAAAAUCCAGAAAAAGAAAGAGAAGGGGGAAAAAAUGCCUUUUUUUUUUUCUUUCUAUCUCACACCUAGUAGGGGUCCCUGGUCUGCCAGCCGAAGCCAACAUAUCAGCUAUGCUCUGGGCUGGCAGGAGCUCCAGAUUGUUCUAGCAUGCCUUUCAUCUCUCUGCCUCUCAACCCUUCUCUCUCCCUUCCCCUCCCCAUCCCUCCAUCCCUCUCUCCCUCUCCGUCUCUGCUGUCACAGGUCUCCUCAGAGUCUUCCGGAGGCACCUUCGUCUACCAAGGUUCCGUCAAGGGCCGUGGCUUUGGGCAGUUUGGCUUUCAGAGACUUGACCUCAGGUUGUUGGAGUCAGAUCCCGAGUCCAUCGGCCGCCAUUUUGCUUCCAACAGCAGCUCAGUGGCUGCUGCCAUCCUGGUGCCUUUCAUCGCCCUCAUCAUCGCGGGCUUCGUGCUCUAUCUCUACAAGCACAGGAGAAGACCGAAAGUUCCAUUCAACGGCUAUGCUGGCCACGAGAACACAAAUGUUCGGGCCACAUUUGAGAACCCCAUGUAUGACCGCAACAUCCAGCCCACAGACAUCAUGAGCAACGAGGCAGAGUUCACAGUCAGCACAGUGUGUACUGCAGUAUAGCCCCCAGGCCUGGCUGCUAUUGCCACCGCCACCGAGAGUCCCGCCGCCAGCAGCCGCUCCCCAGGGGGCAGGAAGGAGCUCCCCUGAGCACAGUGCCCAGUGCCCAUCUUCGUCUGUCCCUCCGCCUACGUCUGCCACUGCUGGGACUCAGGCCCUUGCUCGCCCGGCCACCAUCUGUGCUCGCCACCCUGGAGAGGACUCCACUAUGCCCUGGCUUGGGGCAGUAAAGGAAGAGGGGUCGCAGAUGGAGGAAGGCAGAUCAUGGAUUCAAAUAACAGAGUAAAUUAUGGGUGUGCACCUGAGCGCACACACAGCCUCUCCCUCACUGUGUCCUAUGGAAGAGACCACAGAGGGUUUAAAAAGGGAAGUGUGUGUGUGUGUGUGUGUGUGUGUGUGUGUGUGUGUGUGUGUGAGAGAGAGAGAGGGGGGGGGGUUCCCUGGACACUGUUCCCCACAAACACAGAAGAAAUGAGGGAGACACCAUUACCUCUCUAACCAACAUGUCCCUAUCCCAUGUGUGGGGACACAUCUCAUAGGAGGUAGCAUGCAGAAGCCACCUGUCUGCAGGGGUGGUUCCAUUUGCACAACGACAGCAAGGAUUACCUGGAAGAAAGGGGGGGGCGGGAAUCUUCAGAUACAGUUUGGUAAUCAAUUCAACUUUCUUCAACCAUAACGGCAUUGAGUUCUAAACCCAGUGAAUUCAAAAGUCAUUUGGGUCCUGGUCAUGUUUGGAAAAGAAGGGUAAAGCAGUGUCGAGGCUCGGGGAUAGAACAGGAAUCUGGCCAGGAAGCCCAGGGUCACAGCCAGCUGUCAGCUGACCAAGAGAAGAGCAAAGACUCCGUGCACCAAACAGCACACGCUGGAAAGGACCAGAGCAAGGCAGCCCUGGCUCCCACAGGGUGGCAGCCACUGCUUACUGAUUUAUUCUCUGUGCCUGACUCUACGUGGUAUUUCUAGUUCUUAAAACACCACCAAAGCAGGACUUGCUACUCUCACUCGGAGGUCAUGGAGGCAUGAGCCACAGCGUACGAGCACAGCUGAGGCCAAUACAAAGCUCUCUGGUCGUGAAGUCUACUGCACCUGCUGCCAAAAACCCAGGGCUAUGAUGGGCACCAAAGACAGGAAGGCAGGGGACUCUCCUCAAGAGGAUGCUCGUGUCUAAUCAAGGCUCUGCUGUCUGUGCCUGGGCAGCACCAGGGCAAGGACCCAAUACCCCAGCCUCCUGAAUUGGUGCUCGCCUUUCGGCUUCCAACAGCCCACAACCAUAGCAGAGGAAUCUGGCAGCUCCUUAGUCAAAAGAACUGAGUGAAAGUCACCCUUUCUCCAGCUCCUUGCUGGUGGCUCGGAUUCAUUUAGACCACUGGUUCUCAACGUGUGAGUCGAGACCCCUUUGGGGGUAGGAUGAUCCUGUCACAGGGGUCACCUAAGACCAUCCUGCCUACCAGAU